GACCCAGACCCAGACCCAGACCCAGACCCGGACCCGGACCUGUCGAUUCUCACCGGCAACUCCUGCAGCAGCAUCCUCCAAAAAAGAAAAAGAAAAGUCACCUCUACAUUUUUUAUUUUUUAUUCGAUUGAACUCAGACGGGACAGCGGCUGACUGCGGGCAGAAUAAAUGGAUAAUAACGCUGCAAAUUCGGAGAAAUCUCACCUGAUGCACGAGAACAGUGCCAAAACGUAUUCUUUAAAGCUGCAAAGCACCUUUCCAGACUCCAAAGACCAGUAUCCAGACUUCCCUUUCAAGAAUGGAGGCGUGGCAGGCGCCAUCGAGCUGAAGCGGCCCGUCGGCGCUCACUGCCACGGCGCCAAAGCCCUGAAGUGUGAGGAUGGCGGGGACAGACUGCUGGCCCAGAAGAAACUCUACAUCGCCUCAGCCGUCUGCCUCGUCUUCAUGAUCGGAGAGGUCAUAGGAGGCUACCUGGCCCACAGCUUGGCCAUCAUGACGGAUGCGGCGCACCUCCUGACAGAUUUCGGCAGCAUGAUGGUGAGCCUGUUCUCGCUGUGGAUCUCGUCCAGACCGCCCACCAAAACCAUGAACUUCGGCUGGCACAGAUCAGAGAUCCUCGGGGCGUUCGUCUCAGUCAUCUCCAUCUGGAUUGUGACGGGGGCUCUGGUCUAUUUAGCCAUCGAGAGGAUCGUGCGCAACGACUACGAGAUCGAUGGCCACGUGAUGCUGGUCACCUCCGGGUGCGCCGUCAUCGUCAAUAUCAUCAUGGCCUACAUCCUCCACCACUCCACCACCUUCCACGCCCACGGCAGCGGUUACCACCAGAUCGACGAGGAUGGCCACAGUCCCGUCUCUCACAGCCACGGCCACGGCCACUCCCACUCGCUCCUCGGUGGCCAUAGCAACACGAGCGUCCGGGCCGCCUUCAUCCACGUGGUCGGAGAUCUGCUGCAGAGCGUCGGCGUCAUGGUGGCAGCGACAAUCAUCUACUUUCGGCCCGAGUAUAAAAUUGCAGAUCCCAUCUGUACGUUCCUGUUCUCCGUCUUUGUCCUCUGCACCACCGUCACAAUCCUUAGAGACGUCUUCAGGAUACUACUGGAAGGAUCUCCCAAAGGAAUAGAGUUUAACUCCGUGAAGGAGGUGCUGCUGUCGGUGAAGGCUGUGAAGUCUAUGCACAGUCUGCAUCUCUGGGCUCUGACUCUGGGCCAGUCACUGGUCUCCGUUCACCUGGCUAUAGAGGAGGGUACCGACGCUCAGUCUGUGCUGCAGGAGGCCACCGAUCUGCUCAACACAAAGUUCGGUUUCUACAGCAUCACCAUCCAGGUGGAGCUUUACUCUGAAGACAUGAGCCACUGCUCCCACUGCCAGGACCCCUGUGACUGAUACUGAUACUGGACGGGACAAGACCGAACCCAACAGGACAUGGAACAGGACUCAGGCACAUUCCCAUUCUCUCUGGGUGAGCUGUACUCAUAACGCAGCCUCCUGUUCAAGGAGUUUUUGUACAAAUUUAGUUGAGUUCAUAAUUUAGUCGCAAGAAAUUACGCAGAGAAAUCAUCCAUGUGUUGGUGGUAAGGUGCUUAUGCUGGAGCUUAAUGCUAACAUGGAUACGGCCAAAUACUUUAUCCUCCUGAAAGACUGGAAUUACAAAGCAGUGAUUGGUUCUCCAGUCUUUGUUAUAGUUGGUGGUUUUGCAAAUAAUUGUGACGAUUUAGUAAAAGAGUUCGGGGUGCAGCCACAUACUUGGGUUUUCAAGAAAUGUAUGAACCAAAAGAAGGUCCAGCCUUGUUAGAAAACAUUUUGUCGAAAUGUUGUUUCCAUCCCCAAAAAUAUGCAACACAGCCAAAGACAUUUUCCAUUUCACUUUUUGUCAUCACCAGUGAAUCUGGUCCUGCUCAAGGUUUCUGCCUGUAAAAGGAAGUUUUCAAUUGCCAUUGUUGCCAAAUUCUUGAUCGUAUUGGAUUAAUGUUGGACCUCCCAAAAAAGUCUCCUGAAAUA